AUAUAAGUGUGAUAUUUAUAUUUAGGAAAAUUUUCAUUGAUUGAUUGACUGGUUUUAUUUUCCCCUAAUUGAUAGACAAAAGAUAUUCUUUUUCCUUUAUUUGUCUUGACUCUAUUACUACUAGAAGUACAAGGCCCGUGUCAGUAUGGGCUCAACAGUAGAACAUGUGGAUUGCAAUUUUUAAGUUUUAGGAUUUAUCUUGGAGUAGAAAGUUUGAGCAGUAGAAUAUUUUCAUUAGUAUGAUUGAGCUGAAGGGAUCACAAUUGAAACCUUUUUUUAACCUUCUUGUUGAAUUUUGCGAUAAAAAAUAUAAAGAAAGAAGAGGCAUAAAUCUAAUGAAAUGGCUUAAAUCAAAUAUCCAGCAGAUUAUUGAUUUUCACUAUCGCAAAGAUUAAGAAUCAUGUAAACUUAUCCGAAAAAAAGAAUACACGCCUUAGAUUCGCUAUUGUUUUGUUUAAUUAUUAUUUUUAAUACAGGAAAAGAGUUUUGUUUUUUAAUAAAGAAGGAAGAGUUGAGAUUUUCUUUUUUUUAUUUUAUUUUUAAAGCAGAGAAAUGUUAAUUAAUAUUGAGGAGCUGUAAAAAGUUGAGAAAGAUGGCUACACAUAUUUGAUAGAAAAUUUUCUAAUGUUAAGAAAGUGUGAAGUAUUUGGUAGCAAAUUUGUGAUAGAUACACGGUUUUUGUACAUAAAUUUACUUUAUUUAUAUUUAAAUUAAUUUUUAAAAAUCUUUUGCAAAUAAUUUUAUACCUUUCUUUAAUUUCUUUAAAAUAUAAUAACAAAAUUUACUUAUGUUUUAUUCUUCUCACACUUUACUACAUACAUUUUAUCUUCUUUAAAUCUCAUUAUGCCAUUUUACCCUUUUUAAACAUCACUGUAUAUUAAAAUCACGAUUGAAGCAGCUGAAGCAGAAAUCAGUUAAUUUUUAAAUUUUUUUUGUUAAUUAUUGUUAUUUACAAUACUUUUUAUUUCAAAUAUCUAUGAACUUAGCUUGGACUUAAUCCGCAUUCGCCUCUGUAGCUCUUCUAUAAGAGUGGACCUUUUUCUUUCCAAAUAAUAUAUGUUGCUUUAUAUCUUCUUCUGUUUUGUCCCAAUUUAUGUGGCACUAAUAUAAUUUUGAUAGUCAAUCAAAUAUUUUAUGUUGACAUAUCCUUUUGUAAUUCUUAUUUUUCUAAUACAUAAAUGACUUAUAAUGAGUGAUAUAGUAAAAUCAUCGUUCGAAAGACGAAAAUUUAAUUUAAAAUAUUAAGAUUUAAUUUCGCAUUUUAUGUCUAUUUUAUUUUUCAUUAAAUAUUAUUUAUUUUCUUAAUACCUAGAUGACUCAUAAUAAUUAAUUAAGAGCGAUUGAUUAUGUUAUUACUAUAAAAAUUAAUAUAAUUUUAUCAUAUUCAAUAGUAAUCAUCUAUAAUUCACCGGAAUAGUAUAUUAAUUAAAUACGGGAUGCUAUAUUUGCAUAUGCAAAAUAUAAUAUUAUUACAAAUUAUUGGAUAGUGCAUUAUAUUUAUCUUUCACAAUAAUAAAAUUUUACUAUAUUUCUUUCUUUAUUUCUUUUUAACUUGAUACAUAUUGACCCAACACAAAUUCUUAGAAAAUAUUCAUUAGAAAUUUAUUUUAUUAAAUUAAAUUUAUUAAUUUUGUACUUUCAAAAUUUAAAGUUAAGUUUAAAUAUAGUAUUUCUAUAUAAGAAAAAAAUAAUUUUAAAAUUUAAAUUUACUAAAUAAAUAAAUAAAUAAAAAGAUUAAUUUUCUAUACAAAAGUCAAUUAAAAUAAUAAAAUUAAUUUACUUUAAAUAUUUAGUUGCAAUUAAUUAAGAUAAUUUUUUAUUUUGUCAUGAUUUAUGCUGCACCGAUAAAAUUUUGAGAGUUGAAUAGAACUUUUAUCUAUUUUUAAAAAAGUAUUUUAACUUGUUAAUUAUUGUAAUUUAUAAUAAUUUUUAUGUAAUUAUAAAAUAAUAUAUUUACUCCUUGUGUUCCAAUUUAUGUGGCUUCAAUAUAAUUUUGAGAGUCAACUAAAAUUUUAUAUAUCUUAUAUUUUAAGUUAAUUAUUAUAAUUUGUAGUACUUUUUCUUUUAUCUCAAUUUAUGUGGCAUUGCUAAAAUAAUGAGAGUCAAUAAAAUUUCUAUAUGUCUUUUAAAUAUUUUAAGUUAUUAAUUAUUGUGAUUUGUGGUAAUAAAUUAGUUUUGAACAUGAUAACCAAUUAAAUAAAUAAAUAAUUUACUUCCAAUAUGUAAUUAUAGUUAAUUAAUAUAAAUUAAUAGAAUAUAUUAAAUAUUUAAAUCAUUAUGAUGAAACAAUAAAAUUAUUAUAUAUUGGGGUAUGGUAUGUAAUUAAGUGGAAGUAGAGAGAUUUUUUGGUAAUUGUAUAAGAGGUGGUCGAAACCACCUCUUCUAUAUAAUAGAUAAACAACACUCUUUCUGAUUAUUUAGACAACUUUUAUCAUACUCUCUCACUCCCUAUAUGAAAACUCCCUGACUUCUAUAUUCUUCUACACUAUAUCUAAGUACUAAGUUUCACUUGCUGCUACUUUGAGAGACGACUGAUUCUUGCUCGUUGUUACAAUUGUUCGUCCACUCUGAGUUCAAUUUGUUUUGUCAGUGUGGUGUUAACCGGUUAGUUUUCUCUAGCCAUGCAUUAGUUCUUUUAUAUCAUUCUAUGUGAGCAUGUUUUUAUUACUUAAAAUACUUGAUGUCAUAUGUCUUCUAUUUGUUUUAUACGCCUUUAUGACUUAUUGUGUUCAUAUGAGUAGUUACUUUUGACAAUACAACAUGUUUUCUCUUGUUGUUAAAUAUUUUCCCACUAGAAUGUUUGUUGUUUGUGAACCUGAAAUAAUCUUUGCGCGUCACAUAACCCCUUUGGCGUGAACCUGUCUGGGAUCCCGGAGAUCCUUAGGAUCUCGACAGCGCCAAGGUUUGGUUAUGUAUCGCCAAAGGUAUAUUUCGGAUUUGGAAUGUGGUUUUGGUGUUUUCUUUAUGUUCACAGAUUAAAGACAAUGGUUAGAUGAGACGGAGUCGACAUGGAUUUGAGAGUUACUAAAGGCUAUCCAACCUAGCCCUUCUUAGUUUUUAUUCCAUUAUUGUUGGUUUGUAAUAAUUAUUGUACAAUUCUAUGACAAGAAUACUGAAAUUAUGGGAUUGCUCAGGGGCGGGGAAUUAAGUGUUUAUGUGCCACGUGAACAAUUUAGGCAAACAAACUUAGAAUUCGUUAAUUUAUUGGUUAUCUAGUCAAAUCUAAUUUACGACUUAUUAGUUGAUCCGUCUAGAAAUCAUAUUUUUUUAGGAGUUUAAUUAAUAUCUGCCUUGUUAAACAUAUUUGAAUAUGACAAUUUAAUUUACAACAUAUUGACUCUUGCAUGUUUAACAAUUGUGGAUAUAUCACAAAUGACAUUCUUAGCAUUUUAAAUCACUCUUUCAACAAUUAUAUUCUUAGCAUUCAAAAUAACAUUUUUUGACAUUUUAAAUAAUAUUUUCAAUACCUUAAAUAAUAUUUUCUGCAUAUUAAAAUUAAUUUUCAGCACAUUAACUAAUUUGCAGCAUUUUAAAAUAAUUUUUUUGGCACACUAUAAUUAAUUUUCAGCAUUCCUAUUUGUCUUUUCAUUAAUUUCUACUUAGUAAAACAAUUUUUAGCAUCUACAUAAAAAAAAUGACUUUAUUUCUCUACCAAAGUCAUUACGCGAUUUUUGACUUUCACAAUUUAAACUAAACAUGACAUUUUACUCUUUGUACUAUCUCCUAAAUUAUAGUUAGCAGGAAAGUAAAAAGAAUUACGAGGUCUGAUUUUCAUAUUUUAAAUUAAUUUGAUACAGUUUCGGGAGCACCACGUACCAAAAGUUUCAAAAAGCAAAGACUAUGCAUACAUACAUAAGUAUUUUUGUUUAUUUUUUCUACUUGUCUUUAAAAUUAUAAUGUUAUUAUUUUCACUUAAAAUCGACCUCUAAUUAAAAUUGUUGCUAAGUUGAACGAGCACGAUUAAUAAUAUCGUGACAUCAUUUCUAUAAAGCAAUAAACAUUUUUUUAAUGAAAUAAAAACUUUUUUUUUAAGUUUUGAAUAUUAUUCCUCUAUCAAAAUAAGUUAGUUACUAUGUAUUUUUCUUAUUUUUUUUAAUUUAUUUGGGGUAAUUUAAAUAUUUUCCUUUGCUUAAUAAUUUUUGUUAUAAAUUAUAUCACUUCUUUCUUCUCGCUUGUCUUAUUUAUAUACUUUAUCACUUAGAUGAUUAAUAGCUAAAAUAUAUAAGUUAAAUGUUUGUUAAUUAUUUUAUCUCUUAGCUAAGCAUUAAAUUAAUAAAAUAAGAGACUUUAUUUGAUCACGUAGAAUUUCCACAUAAAAUACGAAUUCGGCCGGGAACCACCUUUGCGGACUUCGAAAGGUGCCUAGCAUCUUCCUUUCAAGGUAAUUUGAACUCUCAUCCAAAUUUUUGGUGAACUAAGAUAAAAUAAUAAAAUAGGUUCGUAGUUAGUCUAGACCGGUGCCCUAACGCACCUUAAUUCGUUAGGUGGCGAUUCUUCACACUCAUCUUCAAACAAUCCCAAAAAGAGUUUGUCUCGUCGAAUCCCGCUUUCCGCGAGGAAAAUGGGGCGCGACAAUAAAAAAUAAAAAAAUAAUUCAUAAAAAAAUUAAGUUUUACAUUUUUAUAAAAGCAUUAAAAAAAUAAAGCAUAACUAACUUUUUUAGUGAGUUAAGAUUAUUUUGGUAACUCUUUAAAACUAUGACAUAGCCUCUAUUAUGAUUUGCGUAUACUCUAUCCUUCUCACACCCCACUAUAUGGAAAUACAUUGGAUAUGUUGUAGUUAUUGUUAAAACUAUGACAUAUUUUGAUACUUUUUAAAAUGGGUGACAUAGUUUAGUUGUGGGUUCUCAAAAAUAGUUGUGGCCGACUCGGUGAGAGGAGUUAGCAUACAAUGAGGGGUUCAAUCACAUUUGAUAAAAAUUAUAUAAUUUAUUUAUAAUUAAAAUUAGUUUUAUGUAUAUAUAAUAAAUGUUAAAUUUUAUUUAAAAAAAUAUAUAAUUUAUAUAUAAUUAAAAAUAUUUUUUUUUACAUAUAUAAUAUAGAUGUUAACCUAUUUGACUGGCUUAUGUGUGCAUUUUUUAAUUUUUUCAAUGAAAAUGGUGACUCCGCUGCUAACCGGCUCCAUAGGAUGUUUUAUUUUGAUGAUGCAAUAGAAGAUCCAAAUAAAAUGCUUAAUUCCCCUAUUCUCUUAAACAUUCUUUAUUUUGUAUAUUCUCCAUCCAUUUUCCAAACAGCGUGACGUAGACAGAAGCCAGCGGCCGGCCGGCGAUCGUCUUCGAUUUCGUUUGCUAAUUUCUGUCGACCACUUUCCGAUCUCCUCUCAGUUCCUGAUACAAUGAAACAAAUCGUGAAGAUUUUGACGUUGUUGCUUGCAGUAAGUGCUGUUUGGAUAGGCUUGUUGCAGACCUCAACAAUUCCAGAGAGCUAUACCUGGCUAUUGCCUCUAUACCUCAUUGUCUCCCUUGGUUGCUAUGGUCUGCUAAUGGUUGGCAUUGGUCUAAUGAAUUUUCCAACAUGUCCUCAAGAGGCUCUUUUCUUACAGCAGGAUAUUGUUGAAGCCCGGGAAUUCCUGAAGAAAAAAGGUGUAGAUGUUGGUUCUGAUUGAUUCUUGUUGAAGUCGCAGUCACGGUUGUUCAACAUAUGGAGAAACACAUUCAGUGAAGAUGAAAACAGAGUCUGUAGUAUGCUUCAAGUAGGAACAUAACUGUCCAAAUGUUCUGAUACCCCAUCUAUGCUCGUCGACAACUGAUUUCCCAAGUUAAACUGACUCAAAACAUUUUUUUUAAAAAAAAUUCAUAAUAUUAUUCUUUUCGAGCUCUGUAUUGAGAGAGAACAUUUACAUCAUGAUGGGGGUACCUUUUGAGCUACUAAGCCUUCAAGCUUGUAGUUGAAGACGAAACCAAGAGAACAAAGAGGCAUGGAAUUUUUUUGGGCUUUGUUUUGGUUGUUUUACCAGUCUUUAAUCUUAUAUUUUAGCACUUCUGUUUUGGCUAAUCCAGUGUAUUUUUUAUUGAAUACUUGUAAUUGAAAUCCUUGGGCUGAUGGUCUGGGGUGUGCAAGUUUGGAACCGAACUGAUUGAUAAAUCGAACCAAUAAAAAUGUUAUUUGGUUAUUA